AUGGCUCGUGCCAGGAGUUCACUGCCUGUGUGGGGGAUGGUGUUGUUGGGGGGUGAUGAGGGGUGUUGGGGGGUGAUGGGGGCGUUGCUGGUCAUCUGCCGCCACACUGCACCGUUCCCAGCACCGUUGAACCCCUGCCCUCCUUUUGCUCCGCCCCACCCUCUGUCUUCACUCUCUCCCCUCCACCGCGCUGCCUCUGCGCUGCCACAGCACCGAGCAUUCCCCAGCAGCAGCUACCGCCGCCCACAGAACAGCAACUUGCUUGCCCGCAAAAAGCGCCUCUUCCCCCCAGCAGCGAGCAUUUCUUCCCCAGCGGUGCAACCCAACCGCGCACCUUUCCCCCCAAGCAACGCACCUCCCCCCACCUCCAUCAGCGCACCUCUUCCCCCCCGAGCGCCUCACCCUGGUCUCGCGCAGCAGGAAGAGCGCCAGCCGCUGCCGCACGCGGCGGGGCGGCGGGGAGGGCGGGGCGGCACGCGCGCGGAGUUCGUCAGCCAGCCCGGGCUCGGCGGAGUGCGGCGGGCCCGCGAGGAGGCGCAGAAGCAGCGCGAGCGCCACUCGGGCGAUCAUCACCUGUGGAACCCUAUAGCGCCCAGGCCUACGUACCUGGUCGCGCACUCUACUCCGGAAGAGCCAUGGCGCAAGCGAGCAGACUCUCCCAUGUCGACUCCUCCCGCCUCCGCGGAUGCCGCUCACAACCUUUUUCUUGCGUCGAUCUGCCGUCGCUGGCUACGCCUGGCUCAGAGGCACGUCUCGUCGCUGCUCGUGAAGGAUAACCGCGUCGUGUCUCACCGCGAUGUGCUCAACGCGGUCGCAUGCUUUCCCCAUCUAACCCAUCUGCACCUUUCGGACUUUAGUGUUGAAACGUUGGACGACGCGUUUCUAGCUGACCUCGCCGAUUCGUGCCCUGGCUCCCUCUCGUCUCUCACAGCAGUUUCCAUCGAAACCUACUCCCUUCAAUACAACCAGCUCUCCACCCUCCUUCAACUCACCAACCUCACGCGCCUCGCCUUGCCUGACGAGAUUCGCAUGAUCCCAGCAGAUCCGCCCGCCUUCUCUCUCGCACAGCUUCCUACUCUCCACUCGCUCAAGUUCGGACUGUCCGAUGCACAUUUCAGCGUAUUUUUCCCUCCCGGAUCGCCGUACAGACUCCUGAAACGCCUGCAGCUUAGCCAUUGCUUCAACCAGGAGCGGCUUCCAGACGGUAUUGGGCAGGUGCUGCCGCGCCUGCAAGAGCUCAGCAUCAUGAGCUGCGAAACCCUCAACGAUCUGACCGACGAGUUCACCUCGCUCACCUGCCUGGAGACCUUGACAAUAUCCGUUUGUAGCGUAUCCACUCUGCCCGCAAUUUUUGGCGAUUUUCCCACCUUGAAGGCGUUGGUGCUGGACCAGCUGCCGCUUCGCACCCUCCCUGCCUCGUUCACCAGACUUGCAACUCUGGAGACGUUUUUCCUGGUUUUGUGCGACGAGAUGGAGGAGCUUCCUGCAGGGUUUGGUCGCCUCACAGCCCUCCGGUCUCUGAUCCUUGAAGGGUCACCGUCCCUGGAGCUUCCAGAAGACUUGGGGGGGCUGAUCAAUCUCCACACCUUUCAUAUCAAAGCGUGCGGCCUACAGCAGCUGCCGUCGUCAUUCACGCAGCUGGCUUCGCUGACCAGGCUGGAGCUGGAAGAGUGCGACAUUGUUGAGCUGCCAGAGGGCAUGGGGGAGAUGACAAACCUGCAGGAGCUCUACAUUCAACGCUGCCUUUCUCUUGAGGAGCUUCCGGAUUGUGUGGCGGCGCUUGGCAGCCUUCGAGUGCUGAGGAUCACAGAGUGUCACGAUCUUGUGGCGGUUCCCAGGAGGUUGGAUGGGCUGACCAGCCUGACACAGUUGGAGCUGCGGGACAGUUGGUUGCUGAGCGAAGCCCCUCAGGCUCUGCCGCUCAGUCUCCAGGCUCUGUGGUACUCAGGCAACCAACAGGUGGAGUCUCUGCCUGAUGUUUCAAGCCUUACAGGGCUCAGGCAGCUGUGCUUGGACAUGAUGGAUGCUGCCUGUAUUGAGGCCAUUGGUGAGCAUCUCUCCGGUAUGGAGCACUUGGAGCUGGUGCUGGCAGAAGGAGAUGAGUCUCUGACUGCGCUGACCAGGCUUCCUAGCCUCCGCACCUUGUCAGCCUCGGGGGUCCGUAGUGUGAACUCGCUGGUGGAGUGUGAGGGCUCGGGUUUGCAGGAGCUACGGCAGCUGAACACCCUGGGUAAUGCUGGACUCAAACAGCUGCCUGCUGCCAUCACCACUCUCCACCACCUCACAUCCAUUAAGAUCAACGCGGAACACUUGUCUUCUCUUCCGCACAACUUUGGGGCAUUUUCAAGGCUGCGCAAGCUGGACCUAUCCGGCUGCUCAUCCCUCGUGCACCUCCCUGCGUCCCUCACACAGCUCUCCUGCCUGCAUGAGCUGAACCCCCCUCUCCUCUCGUCCCCUCCACUCCUCUCACACCCCCCACUUCCCUCAUACAUCGAACUCCUCUUAUACCCCACACUAUGUACCCCCACUCCUGUCAUAUCCCCCACUCCUGUCAUAUCCCCCACUCCUCUCUUAAUCCCCACUCCUCUCGUACUCCCCAUCCUUCUUAUACCACACACUCCUCUUGAAGCCCCCACUCCUCUCUUUCCCUCCACUCCGCAUACACCCCCCACUCCCUUCAAACCUGUUGCCCCGGGUAGAGUUCCACAGCUUGCCGUUGAGAAUCUUGGUUGGACGUUGAUCGUACCGCACUGCGAGGGAGCCAUGGGCAAUCAGAAGGCGGUGCGGUUGAAGCACAAGGGCGUGGAUUUCAAGAAAGUGCGCAGCAAGGUGGGGCGCAAGCUACCGCCGCCGUCCAACGAGACCAAGACCACCGUCAAGGCCAAGACGAUCGUGCUGCCGGGGCAGAAGCUGCUGGACGACCGGUCGCAGGCGGCGGUGUCACAGAGGGGCCACACGCUGCCGGAGCUGCUCGCGCAGUCCGGCCACUACAGCGACAAGGUUCGGCAAGAGUCGCUCGUUCGCCUGCGCGAACUGCUGGCAGCCAAUCCCGACGAGCUGAGGCGCCAUGCUGGCACCAUCCUCGCCAAGCUGGCGCCACGCAUUGCUGACGUGGACAAGAAGACGAGAGACUCCCUCCUGCUGCUGAUGCGUUCCGUGCUCUUCCCGACCAUGCAGCCCGAGGAGCGCAUGGCGCCAUUCUUCACGCUGCUGAUGGGCCACGUGGGCUGUGCCAUGACCCACGUGGCGCCGGACAUCCGCCAUGCCGCGCUGCCAUUCCUCUCAGCGCUGCUCGCCCACUACCCCUCGCUCUUCCGCGCCUCCUCCACCGCCCAGGUGGUGGCACAUUUCAGUGACAUGCUCGCCCUCGCGUCGCCCUCUGCGCGCUCCUUCCCCUCCCUCGCCACCACGCUCUCCGCCCUCACCUCCUUCCUCUCCACCGCCUUCCCCCACUCCUCCCCCUCAUCCUCCCCCUCCGCCUCCUCCCCCACCGUCCCAUCCCCCUCCUUCACCUCCUCGCCCUCCCUCACACCGCCUGGCUCCGCGCUCCCUCUGCCCACCUCCCCCUUCACGCACCCACUCCCCACUCUCUCCGCCACAUCCCCCCCUUCCCCCUCCGCCUCCGCCCCCUCCCCCCCCUCCGCCUGCGCGCCCCCAGGGGAGUACAGCUGGCGCCUGGGCGUGCGCCUGCAGCGCGCCCCUCUCCUCUCCGCCCUCCCCCCUGGGGGUAACCAGUCUGGUUACCAUGUGCUCUGGUCACGGGAAUCAGACGGGCCAAUCACAGCCCUCCACGCGUACCGCUCCGCCCUCCCCCCUCCCUCCCCCUCCUCCUCCUCCGCCCACCUCCCCUCUCUCUCACCCUCGCUCCACAGUACCGGACAGGCUCUGUCCGCUUCGAAAGAGACAAAAGCAGCGACAGGGCCGGGAGGGCAGCAAGCAGCAGCAGCAACAGGCAUGGCAGCAGCAGAGGGGGGUAUGGAGGGGCUCAGCCGCCCAGCAGGCAUAGCAGCAGCGCUCAUCCCGCCUGUGCUUGCAGCGGUCACAGAGUGCCUUCCCCUUGUCUCCGCGCCUUCCCCCCACCUGCCCGCUCUCGCCUGCCUGCACUCCGCCCUCUCCGCCCUCCACUCCCUCCUCUCCCUCCACCCCCCCUCCCCCGCGGCCCUCCUCUCUUCCUCAGCCCCUUCCAACUCCUCCUUCCCCUCCUCCCCUUCGCCCCUGCUCUCGGGAUUCACGCCUACCAACUCUGCCGGGUGCCAGUCAUUUUCCUCCAUCUUUCCGCACAUGCCUGAAGCUGCUGCAGGCGCAGCACAGCCAGCUCAGCAGCAACAAUCCCAGCCGCACCAACAUCAGAAUCACCAGCACCAGCAGCAGCAGCAGCAGCAGCAGCAGGGCGGGUACGGGGACGCGCUGUCACGGGUGCUGCACAAGCUGGGCACGGCCUUCCCUCUGCACGCCCCUGCUGGCCUCGCUGCUGGUCGUGCCAAGGGCACCAAAGGCAGCAGCGGUACCGCCGGUGGGGCAGCAGCAGCAGCAAGAGGAGGGCAGCAGAGGGAGGUGGGCGAACAGCUGGCGCUGCUCAACGUGCUGCUCGCUGAAUGCCUCUCUCUCUUUCUCCCUGCCUCCGCUGCCGCUGCUGCUGCUGCUGCUGCUGCUGCUGAUGGGUCCGGUGCAGCUGGUGCUGGUGGGAGGGGUAUGGGGAAGAGGCGGAGGGGUGUGCAAGGGGAGGGGGGAAAGGGGACGCUGGGGGCUGGCGGAGGGGAUGUGCGGGGGGAAAGGGGGACAGGGAGGGGAGCGCUGCUUCCUGCUCCCACCGCUGCGCCAAUCCUAUCACGCCACGUCAGCGAGUCCCUUAUCCGCCGCCUCCUCCCUCUCCUGCCGACCCUCCUCCAUUACGCCCCCUCGGCCGCCCGCUGCGCCUCGCUGCUGGGCGGCUUCUCUCGUCUCUUCUCCGUGUCGCCCGCCCGCAGCGCCACCCGGGCUGCCUGCCUGGAUGUGAUGUUUGGGCUGCUGCAGCAACAGGCGGUGGGGGGGGAGGGGGGCUCAGGGGGGAAGGGUGGGGAAGGGAGCGAGGAGGGGGGAGAGGGGAAGAAGGCGAAGAGAAAGGAAGGGAGGCGAGGAGGGGCGAGGGGGGCGGAAGGAUUGCCGGAGAAGGCGGUUGCUGAUUGGCUGACAGCUCUUCCCAGACUGCUCUGGGACAUCGGGGCCUCCCAUCCUGCCACGUCACUGACGGUGCUGCGCCUCUUCUUCCGCAUCGCCUCCAUCUCUCCACAAUCACCGCCCUCCCCCUCCUCCUCCGCCCCACCCUCCUCGUCGUCGCUAUCGGAGCACAUCAGCAGUGUGCAGCCGCUGCUCGUGCCCUUCUUUGCCGCCUCCAUUGCUGCUCGCCCUGCCGCACCAGCCACACCAGCCCCAUCACCCGCAGCAGCAGCGCCAGCAGUCGAAACAGCGGCGGCGGAGGAGGCAGCAGCGGGGCAUCGGCUGGUGGUGGGGCCGUUCCUGCUGCUGCCAGCGCCCCUGCAGGCGCUCUCGCUGGACCUGCUGCUCUGCUUCCCCCGCCUCUCCCUCCCCCUCCUGCAGUCCCUCGCCGUCUGCUGCAUCGCCUCCCACUCGUUACACUCACACUUGUCGGAGUCACAAACCCAGCAAGAGCAGCAGCAGCACAAGGGGCAAGGCAUGGAGCAGGACGCGUCUGAAGCAGCAGCAGCAGCACUGCUGCUGCCACGUGGCAUGCGGUGGUUGGCGGGGAGGGCAGUGGAGGUGGUGGGGGCGGCGCACAGGAAGGGUGCAGUGGGCUUGCCAGAGUACCUUGGCUUCCUCGUCUCGCUGCUGCUCUCCCGCACUCGCACCCACUCCCACCCCGACAUCACCGCCGCGUUCCAAGGGCGAGUGAGGCGGCACGAGGAGGCGGAGAGGCAGCACCACCAGCGGCACAGCCACACCCACGCGGGUCAGGCGGAGCCCAAGGGGGAAUUGAAGAGCUCUCCACUGUCGGAUCUUCCUCGGAGCAAGUCAGCGGGGUCGAGACGGUUCCUGGAAGAUUCUUCGGGGUUGUGUGGCGAGAUAUGGGAGCGGGAGCCGGCAGUGGGGGCGGUGUGUGCCGCUCUCGUGCACGUGCCCGUGGGGGUUGGAGUGGGGGGCGCAGUGGGGGGCAGUGUGGGGGGUGGAGGGGGCGUGGGGGGCCAGGCAGGGGCGUUGAUGGACGGAGCAGCAGUGUUGGACCUCGUCUCACAGCCACUGGCUGCUGCCCUCGUGAGUGCUUGCUUGCUACCCGCCCUGGUGAGUGCUGCCGCCGUGUGCCGUGCUGGUCAUUCCAACGUGGGGCCCUGUCGCUCUCUCUCCCCCCUUCUGCACGCCCCUGCGCUUCUCUUUCCCUCCCAACGCCAUUCCAAAAGCGACCCCUCCACCUCCCCGCCAUGCCUCUACGGCAUCUUCCGUGCCGUCGCUGCCUGCUCCCGCCGCGCCCACCUGCACCCCUUUCCCGCCCCGCUCGGAACCAUGCACGGUGGGGCGGAGGGAGGAGGUGGGGGAGAGAUAGGAGGGAGUAUAGAAGGAGACAAAAGGAAGGCUGCAGCGACAGUAGAGGCUGCAGACGAGUCAAUCUCAGCCACAGCAGCAGCAGACAGCAUUGAGGAGUGCGACCACGUGUGUGCCGCCGUGCCUGUCAGCGCUGCUGCCAGCCAGCCUUGCUCGCUUCUGCUGCCGCCUGCUUCAGGAGCAUCUUUCUACGCUCUCCGCCUCACCCCCCACUUCACCCUCGCCCACGAGAACAUCUCUGCUGCGCGCGUGCCCCUGGCUGGUGCCAGCGCUGCGCCUGCUCGCCCUGCACCCUUUCCUGCUCGCGCCCUUCCUCCACCUCCUCCUGCCGACCGAGCAGCAAGAGCACGGCGCAGGGGCAGAGGGCGCGGAGACAGAAGGCACAGGAGCCGGGGUGCAGGCAAGGGCAGGCGUGGUGUGUGUGGCGGUGCUGUGGGACCCGUUGGAGCCCCCGCUGCUGCUGCUGGGGGCGGCAGACAGGCAGCGACUCACAGCUGGCCUGUCAGGGCUGAUGGUGAGUGCAUGGGGGGAGGGAUAGAGAGGAAGGGGGAGGGGGGACGUGGGCAUGGGUGGUGCAAGAGAGAGCGGGGUUAUUUGGGAGGGAAAUAG